AGUUGAGAUAUGCACCAAGAAAAGCAAGAGUUCCAAGCUUUGCUGCCUACUGCGUAUUGCGCUUACCCUUUUCAGUUACUAGUUGACAUCUUUAACUACCGUUCAAAAUCCAAUCAAAGCUUUCCAUAGGAGGAGGAUAUGGCCUUCACUAUACCACACUAUAAAGUCACUAGCUUAUCCACUUUCAGUCAAAACGCAUCGUUUCAUCGUCAAUUCCACUACCAGAGACCCAUAGCAAUAAGAAUACCCAUAACAGGAUCACCAAAAUUGCCAAUAAUUCAAUGCUCAAUUGACAACAGCAAAAACACUCUCAGAACAUGCAAGAAUUGCAAAACCCAAUUUGACCCAUCUCUUAAUCAUCCUCUUGCUUGUCGUUUCCACACUGCCCAUUUUGGAGGGGAAACCAAGAGGAAGUUUGAAAGUGUUUACUCCGGAGGCACUAUGGAUACUCCUGAUUCUGGCAUAGUUUUUCAAUAUUGGCAUUGCUGCGGGUCUGAAGAUCCUUUUGAUCCUGGAUGUACUGCUGCUCCUCACUCUUCAUAUGAUGACUGAUAUAAUUGACAAUAUUUCUGCAACCAAUGCAUUCUGCUUUUUGUGACAAGUUUAAGGCUGAGAAGUUAGUUGUGGUUGAGAUGCUUAAUCCUGGAUGCUAAUAAGAGGUAUGGCAAUGAAUUUGUAUCAGUCGCAAGUUCAGUAAAGUAAUCAUCUGUUUGUUAUUCCAUUCAGAAUUCACAUCUUGUUAUGUAACUAGCAAUUCCUCUGAAAUUCUUGUGAAUCUCAAAGUUUUCUGAAUUGAAAUUCUGAUGUGGCCUCAGAACAUUAAUUAAAGCCUUGUACACUGUUUGCAACUGUUUCUCGUCUAUAAGUUCUUAUGGAAAAGAUGUUUUGAGAUUGGUACUUAUUCA